GCCCUUUAAAGGAAUAUGGGAUGAGUCUGUUGAAUGGAGCUCAGAGUGAAGUCCCACAGUAGUCUGCGCUCCACAGAAAAGCAAAGGACAAGCAGCAGCAGCGGGACGGGGGUCGACACAAGACAUGAACCAUUGAAAAAAGAAAUGAAUGAGGAAUGAGAGCGGAGAGAAAGUCGAAGUGAAGAAGUUAUGAGCCGAAUUGCGACGAAUUACAGGGUAAUGUGUCCGUGAGCGGGGGAAGCCGACUGAAGGGGGAGAGAGACAACAAAGUCACAAGUACAGUCUGAGUCCAGAGACAGAGCUCUGAAUCCUCGCCAUGGCUGACGUGCUGGAGAGCGGCGGCGGGUCAGGAGCUGUCAGAGUGGCCAGUGUGGAUUGGCAGAACCGCUGCAUCGCUCUGGAGAUGCAGCUGCUGAGGUUCCGGCUCCAGGCCGGGAAAAUCCGCGAGCUGCUGGCAGAGAAGAUGCAGGAGCUGGAGCAGAGGGUGACCGAGGCCGACCAGCGGGCUGAGAGUGCUGAGAAACAGAUUCAUGUCAUGGAAGAAAAGCUGAAGUCUGCAAACAUACAAACCAGCGAAUCAGAGAGCUCGUUGUACAGAAAGUAUCAAGAUCUGAGCAAUCAGGUUCAAGAAAAAGAUGCUGUAAUAAAGAGAUUAGAGGUGCAGCUGGAAAAACAGAUCUUAGUCAGAGCCCAGGAGGCAAAAAGUAUUGAGGAGAAGGCUGCCAAGAUUAAAGACUGGGUCACCUUCAAACUUAAAGAGAUGGAGCAAGAGAACCAGCAGCUGAAAAUGGCCAACAUUAAGCAGACGGAACAGAUAAUGUUGCUGCAGGAAAAACUACAAGCUCUCUUAGAGAAACCUGCAUCCUCUGGAUCCCCUGCCAACUCCCCUGUAAUGGAUACCCACCUGGUGCCCAGCAGUCCUCUGUUUCCUCCCAGCAGCCCCGGCACACCACCUGCCCAAGAUGACAGCUGGAGACAAGCAGGUCCCCGGGGAGCCACCUCUAAUAUCAAGACCUCGCCGACAGAUGUGAAAAGGACUCCUGAACAGUCCAGGAAAUUGAGUUGUUUCGGAGACCUUGGAGCCCAUGGUGCUGUCUCUCAGGCUCAGAGCAGGGAGGGCCCCAGCAGCCCUGUUUCCAUCAGUGGACCAGAGCUCCCAGUGGGCCCAGAGGGUCAGGCAGGGGGCUCUGACAGAGACAACUCCUCCGAUGAGCUCAACAGCAAGUUCCGCUCUCAGUGCCUUCACUCGUCCUCUUCCUCUUCGUCUUCGUCCUCAGCCUACGAGAUGGCCCAUGGAUCGAGCUCCCCAGAGUCAUCCCUCAGAAUAUCACCCAGAAGCCCUCUCCUGUCGCGCUCCCCCUCCACCAACAACCCCUUCCCCAAUCCUCCUUUUCACCAGUCGGGCACCAGCAUGACGCUACCUAAAGUACGAACUCCACUCACCCCCAGAGACAGCAUCCAGCUGGUGAAGAAGCAUUACAGCCAGCCGCAGCCCAGCCUGGACAGACUCCACCACCUCAACGUUAGCAUAGACAUCAUGACCCCAUCCUCCACUUCUUCCACCCUCAAGAGCACAGGCACCGCCACCUCACCCUUCUCGCAGGUUGUGGAGGAAACAGACAUUGACGAUGGGCUUCCUGACAGCAUGGACGGGGUGGUGGAGGGGUCGGGAUCAGAGGAGCUAUACCGGGAUGGAGUCUCCUUUGUGGGACUUCCAGAGGAGCUGGAGCAGCUGGAUCCACCGCCAACGCCUCCUUUACACCGCUUUCCUUCAUGGGAGAGUCGGAUCUACGCUGUGGCAAAGUCAGGAAUGAGAGUAUCAGAGGCCAGUCCUGGAGCCAGGGGACCAGGACGAGGGUCCAACUUACCCCAAUAUCCAGCGGCAGGUCCGUUUACCCAGCUGAUCUAUAAGAAUAUCAAUGUACCAGUCUAUACCACACUGAAAGGGAAAGCCACUCAGAUCAGCAGCGUACCUCUGCCCGAUGAUGACUCUGGGUCUGAGGACGACAGCAGCUCUCUGGCCAGUUUACGGACCUCCAUCCUGAGCCCGGACAGAAAGAGCAGCGUCCCGGGGAGCCCACGUGCUGUCAAGAGAGGGGUGUCCAUGUCCUCCAUCAGCUCAGAGAGUGAUUAUGCCAUUCCUCCCGAUGCCUACUCCCUGGACAGUGACUACUCCGAACCGGAACAUAAAGUCCAGCGAACCUCCUCCUAUUCCUGUGAGAGCACUGGGCCUGAGAUGCUGGAGAAGUCUGGGUACCUGCUGAAGAUGGGCAGUCAGGUGAAAGCCUGGAAACGUCGCUGGUUCAUCCUGAGGAAUGGAGAGAUCCUCUACUAUAAAUCUCCUAGUGACGUGAUCAGGAAACCUCAGGGUCAGAUUGAACUGAACACGUCCUGCUGUAUAGUACGUGGAGAAGGAGCGCAGACAUUUCAAUUGAUUACAGAGAAGAAGACCUUCUAUCUGACUGCCGACUCACCCAACAUCUUGGAGGAGUGGAUCAGGGUUCUGCAGAACAUACUCAGAGUCCAGGCCAGCAGCCCCGUUACUGUGGAGACCACCGCCAAGCCCACUGUGAGGGGUUGGCUUACAAAGGUCAAACAUGGACACUCUAAGCUGGUGUGGUGUUCUAUGGUUGGAAAGGUCUUCUACUACUAUCGUAAUCAGGAAGACAAGUUGCCUCUGGGUCAGCUGCAGAUGCGGGAGGCCUCGGUACAGGAAGUGGAUCGCUCCUGUGAUUCGGAUGAGGACUAUGAGGCAGGCAGUCGAGGUUUCCUCUCCUCCCACUGCACCUUAGUGGUCCAACCAAGAGACCAGAGUCCUACAUACCUGCUCAUCGGCACCAAGCAGGAGAAGGAUACAUGGCUGUAUCACUUGACCGUGGCAGCUGGCAGCUGUGCAAGCUUCAAAGUGGGCACAGAGUACGAGCAGCUCAUUGGUAAACUCCUUGAUGCAGAGGGAGACCCAGAAUCUGCCUUGUGGAAGAGCGAGGCCUUGAGCUUCUGUAAGGAGGGUCUGCGCUCGCCUCUCACCACUCUGCCCUCUGAAGCUCUGCAGACAGAAGCUCUCAAGCUUUUCAAGUCCUGUCAGCUCUUCAUCAACGUGCUGGUUGAGUCUCCGUCUGUUGACUACCACACCUCGUUGGCCCAGAAUGCUUUGCAAGUGUGCCUGACCCACCCGGAGCUGCAGAAUGAAGUGUACUGUCAGCUUAUCAAGCAGACCAACCACCGGACACCACACAACUACUCGCUCACACAGUGCUGGCAGCUGUUGUCUCUGUGUGUGGCUCUGUUCCUUCCUCAACAACAUUUCCUUUGGUACCUGAGACAGUACCUGCAACGCAAUGCUGACCCAAGGAGUGAGGUGGGGAAGUAUGCAGUGUACUGCCAGAGGUCUGUGGAGCGAACACUGCAGAAUGGAGAGCGGGAGGCCAAACCUUCACGUAUGGAGAUCGUCUCCAUCCUGCUGAGAAACCCCUACCACCAUUCACUGCCAUUCAGCAUCCCAGUCCACUUCAUGAACAACACCUACCAGGUGGUGGGUUUCGACGGCUCCACAACAGUGGAAGAGUUCCUCAGUACGCUGAACCAGAGGAUCGGCGUGAGGAAGCCUCAGCUGUCUGGGUUUGCCCUCUUCACUGAUGAUCCAUCUGGCAAAGACCUGGAGCACUGCCUGCAGCCGUCGGCCAAGAUCUGUGAUGUCAUUUCCAAGUGGGAGCAGGCCCUAAAAGAGCUGCAUCCUGGGAAAAAUGAGGGGACACGGAUUGUGCGUCUAACAUACAAAAGCAGGUUGUGUAUCAGAUCUCAGGUGAAAGGAGAGACGGAGCGAGAGCGCCUCCUGCUGGCGUACCAGGUCAAUGAUGAAGUUCAGCAAGGCCACUUCCCUGUGAACAAAGAGCUGGCUCUGGAGGUGGCUGCCCUCAUGGCACAGGUUGAACAUGGUGACUUAGAGAGACCAGCUGCUUCCUCUCCUACCGGCUCUCCUCAGCCUAAAUCUCAGCUGAUUCUCCUGCAGGCUUUAGAGCGCUUCUACCCCAAACGCUACAAACAGGACUGCAACUCAGAGCAGAUCAGAGAUCUUACUGAGCGUCUGGCCACUAAGUGGUCUAUGCUACGUGGGUGCAGUGCACCCGAGUGUGUGAGAAUAUACCUAACUGUGGCUCGCAAAUGGCCCCUGUUUGGAGCCAAACUCUUUAGUGCCAAGCCGGUCCCCCCCUCUCCUGUUGAGCAGAGCCAGGUGUGGCUGGCAGUCAAUGAAGAUGGAUUGUGUGUGCUGGACUAUACAAUGCACACGUUGGUCACAUACUCCUACCAGUCUGUGAUUACCUUCGGUGGUUGUCGUGACGAUUUCAUGGUAGUCACGAGCCAGCAGAGGGAGCCUGGAGUCGCGAAGAAGAGCGCAGAGAAGCUGGUCUUUGUGAUGGCUAAACCAAAGAUACUGGAGCUGACUUUGCUCAUGGCCAGCUACAUUAACCACUGGAACCCCAGCCUCCCGCCUGCCUCACACCAGCCUGUCGGCCACUGGGACGUAGACAGCAAGCACUUCCCUGCGAUGAACUACACCACCAAGGGCCCCACACUACUGUGAAUUAUGUAAGCAACAUGACUGUUUAACUACAGGGAGGCUUGAUGACAUCAGUGACCUUUAGUCCGCAUUCAUAUGGAGUGUGUUGGGUUGCAUGUCUGGGUUUUACAAUUUUACAGAACAAAAUCUUUUUUUCUUAUGAAGAUUUAGAUUUAGAAAUGUCAGGUCAAUCAGUCUUGUUAGACUAUUUAUUUCUACAACAAAAGAGUGUUUCAACUCUGCUAAUUUAGAAUUUAGGUUCAAAUUCCUUGUUGGAAUUAUUUUUGAAAUACAGAAGUGGUCUGAGGACACAUUUCCACCUGCAGCUGGCCGUUGUUCACAUGUUUGCCUUUAUUGAUGUUUUUGAGUCUUUCAGACCUCAGACCCUCUUCUGUCAGAAGCUGUUGCCUUCUGAGCGCUGGUUUGACUGGAAUACCGUGUGUAUGUCACUAUGUGUUAACCAUGAAUGAUCGCUCGUACUCCACAAUGAACAACAGUUUAAAUUUGUUCAUGAGGUACUGUGCAAUUAGAAAGGGACUGAUAUGGCAUGUGAUACUUUUUUAGCAUCUUAAUUUGAUAUAAUCCAUAUCUAAUAUUACUGUAAUGCUGCAAUGAACAAUUAUUUGAAUUAUAGAUCAGUCUGAUUAUUAUGUUCUCAAUUAAUUGAUGCUUGGUCCAUAAAAUGUCAGAAAAUAGAAACAACUGCCAAGUUGACAUAUUGUUCUUGUGACCAGCAGCUUUAAAAAAGAGAGAGCAAAUAUUAGAAUUUAAGCUUCUGGAACCACUGAAUUGUGUUUAAAAAAUGACGAUAAAUGAUGAAUCGAUAAUCGAAAUAGUUGCAAAUUAAUUUUCUGUCGGUCAACUAAUCAAUUAAUCAAUUAAAUGUUUCAGCUCUACCCUAAUACAAUUAGAUUUUUUCUUAAAAAAUAGGGUGUAAGACUGUUUUCCUCAUAAAGAAAUUAAUGUUUAAGGAGCCUUUUGUAAUCCUUUUCAAUUGUUUUUAACAAGAUUUUUAGCUCACUUAUCUAGCAUAAAGCAGGCCACAUAAAAGUGAAUCUAGUGAUCUGCUAUUGAUUUAAUGUUACUGAGGUACACAAUAACACGACGGGAUAUAAAAAGUGUAUAACAGUGACAUACUGUAUGUAUGAUGCAUCUGUGAAAGUUUAGCAGUGCAACAUGUGUACUAAUAACAUGCAUUAUAAGAUAUAUAGCAUAUUCAUAAUCAGGUCACUCAGUGUUUUAAUAAUCAACAAACAAAAGGGAGGACAAAUUAAAAAAUAAACAAUAAGAGCUACCAAAAUAUUUUAAUGACUUGAACUGUUUUGGAUCAAACCACUGCCUUGCUCGUGUCCAUAUUAGUUAUUUAUUUUAUAUUUCCAAAUUUUUUUUGGCUUUUGCUUAAAACACAACUGUCUCAUUUAUUUAGGAAAACGUACAGUUUCCUUUUAUGUAGCAGAGUAAUUUAAGAGCAGAGUAUGUUUGGUUAGUCUUUCUGUACUAGAAUGUGUCACAAAUGUUUGAAAGAUGUUGUCUUUAUGUUUGUGUGUGUGAUAAGAAAAUAAACGGUACAAUCCUG